UAAGGCGAUCUAAACAUUAUGGAGCGCUCAUUCUCGUGUAAUAUAUUUGUAUUCAUACUGGAAGCCGGAGGGCGCUCUCUCGCAGAAUGUCCAAAACAGUUUCGUAGAAGUAAUUCAGCUAUUUGCUCUAGCAACAGAAACGUGAAGACAAUAAACACGCGAAUGCGACAAGGUGUGGAUUAUUAUGUGUGCUUUUCAAGCCAUCUCAAGGGUCACAGGCCUAGGGAGUUCGCACCUUGCUGUGGAACAGGUGGUAGUUUGGAUGAAGGACCAUGGGAAAGGGGCACACCCACGAUGUGAACUGAGUGAAGGGAAGAAUGUGUAAAGGGAAGGAAGUGGGGGAGAAGGAACAAAUGUGAAGGAAGGACAAGAUGUUAAUUUAGGAGGAUGGACUAAUCUGAAUGUCAGCACAGCCUUUGGUCCUCUUGAAAUUAUGAGUGUGUGUUUGGAGCUGAGGGAGUGACGCCCAGUAUAUAAAGACCAACCACAGAGGGCCAGAAAUGGACAUCAUCAGGGACAGAGGAGGAAACACUGUUUCCAGAAAACAAGCAUUCUUAUAUAACCUGUCAGUAGUCUUUGCAAGAGCCAAGGAUGCCAAAUUGGGGAGGAGGAGCCAAAUGUUCGGCCUGUGAGAAGACGGUUUAUCAUGCUGAGGAGAUCCAGUGCAACAGCCGGAGCUUCCACAAAACCUGCUUCAUUUGCAUGGUUUGUCGUAAAGGUUUGGACAGCACAACGGUUGCAGCACACGAGUCUGAGAUUUACUGCAAAUCCUGCUACGGCAAGAAAUAUGGUCCAAAAGGUUACGGGUACGGCCAGGGUGCCGGAGCGCUGAGUUCUGACCCGGUGAAUAAUGAAGAACUGCAACCUCAAGAGUCUAAAGCACGUCCGACAUCUGCAAACUCCAACCCAAGCAAGUUUGCACAGAAAUUUGGGAGCACGGAUCGCUGUCCUCGCUGCUCCAAAGCUGUUUAUGCAGCAGAGAAAGUCAUGGGUGCUGGAAAGGCCUGGCACAAAACCUGCUUCCGCUGUUUAUUGUGUGGGAAGAGCCUGGAGUCCACCACGGUGACGGAUAAAGAUGGAGAGCUCUACUGUAAAGUUUGCUAUGCCAAAAACUUCGGUCCAAAGGGGCGGGGCCUGGGUAACAUGGGCGUGGUCGAGGACACUGAAUGACAAGUUUAAACCAACCCAGUGCAGCCUCCUUUUCACUGCACACAACAUUUGAAUACAACAGUCGGAAAUCGCCCCCUAGUGGCAGUUGUUAUGAACUUUUUGUGUAUUAGUAAAGGAAGGUGCACAACAGAAAGGUCACUUACUAUGGUGGAAUAAAUAAAUUAGCACAAACCAUCUUGACUAGACCAGUCUACACUAGCGUGUCGCAUACCAUCUAGUUACUUACAUUCACAUUUUUAAUGCAUCCAAAGCUCAAUUCGGAUCCAAACAUUACACACCUGCCCCUGUGUGACCUACCAUAUGAAAUUAAUCGAAUUAACGAUGGUCCGCUGAAUGUCGUUUGUUGUGUGCAAUGAAGAAGUGGCUUUAUACUUAAGCUGGAGUGUGUGAUUUCUGCCAUUAGCGAUGCUCAAGCAGUAUAAUGUGAUGGUGCCAAAUGUUUACACUUUUUGGGAAACUCAUCUUACCAACGGCUUACUUAUCUCUUCAUGUUAAGUUGGGAAAAGAGGGAGUAUCUUAACAUAAAACAAAUGUACACACUUCAGCUUUAAACAUCUAUUUUUUAGACUACUGCAUUAAAAAUGUAUUAAUUCUAUCUACUGUAACUGUAUAUCACUUCAUAGCAUAAAAACAAAGAAUAAAUAAAGAUGUCAUCCAA